AUGAAACAAACUAUAUUUUGUAAUGAAUUAUUUGAACUUAUACAAUUUUAUCUUAGUCAUGUACCUGAUUUGUUGACAACAUUACAAAAUUUAAUUAAUCAACGUGAACUAACAGAUCUUACUACUUCAAAAAGUAUCUAUGAUCAAAAUGAUACAGAUAUUGAUAUGACGGAUCGUUCAUUAACAGAAUUAACAACAAUGAAUAAUGAUAAUCAUCACGUUCAACAAAAACGUUCAACAAAAUAA